AUGUAUGAGCAACUAUAUCACCCAAAUGCUAGUCAGGGCGGCUCUGAUGGCUUUCCACUUCAACAAUACACCAAGGCCAUCCAGAAGUUCCGGCAACAAUUGGUGAAUCCUCGAGACUCUGAUUACGACUGCUUACUUGUCACCUGUCUCUUGUUUGUAUGCUUGGAGAUGCUCAGGUCCAGUCACGCGAGCGUCCUAGAUCAUAUUCAGGGCGGAAUGCAAAUACUUCUCAGACAACAGGAUGAAAAGACCAACCAACUUAAAAGAGACACCGUUGACCAAGAACUACGUCAAUCAUUCCGCCGACUGAGCAUUCAGCUCCCCCUCUUCGGUCGAUUUUUGAUACCCUUCCACCCUCAAACAGAAACAGCGUUAUCCCCAGAACAGAUUCUCAUCUUCGAUAAUAUUGCUCAAGCUCGAGACUCUAUGACAAUCCUGAUGAACCGGGGCCUGGGAUUGAUCCGACCCAUCGGCAUCGAUAGGAUUCUCCCAUCCGAAGAAGUCAAUCAGCAACAGAUACACGAACAGCGUAUCCUCGCACAGGCAUUCUACAACUGGAAUGUGGCUUUUACUACGAUGAUGCAAAAGCCAGCCAAAAGCGUGGGCAUUUUGGAUUCACGUGCUCCACUAGCCCUCCAAAUCAGCUAUUUUGUCUCUAUCACAUGGAUUCUUAGCUGCCUAUCACGAGACGAAUCCGUCUACGAUCAGCAUUUCGCAUCUUUCGAAGCCAGCGUAGAUGCAGCAGAGAAGAUUCUCGCCCUCAGUGCACAGACAGCCAAUCCAUCAACUCCUGAGAUAUUCUCUCUAGAUGCUGAAGUUGUCCCAGCAAUAUACUUGACCGCAAUGAGAUGUCGAGAACCAAACAUUCGACGCCGGGCAAUCGCGGUUCUGUCCAACUACCCCACAAAGGAAGGACUGUGGGGCCAAGGAGAGCGCCAAUAUCAAAUUGCUAAAUUGAUACUAGAGAUAGAAGAGCGACACUAUCAGCAUCUUCCAGUGGAAGAAAGAAUUCCUCGUGAUUCACACCGGGUGUAUGAAGCUCUGAUCUUCCCAACAAAAGGUACCUACCUGGACCCGUGCCCGGUAACGAUUAUGAUGAAGCCACAUGGGCCCCAAGGGCCAUGGGCUACCCGGGUUGAAUUUGUGGAGCUGCCAAAGCUGAAAUAG